GAAAGAACCUAGUAGUUUGUAAAGCAGGAAUAACCAUGAGGUCUGAGAAAUGGGUUUCACCACUUUUGCUGUUGCAGCUCUGUUGCUUUAGCUGUGGAUCCUGUGGGAAAGUCCUGGCAUGGCCUAUGGAGUAUAGUCACUGGAUCAAUCUGAAGGUCCUGCUGGAUGGGCUCAUACAGAGGGGCCAUGAGGUGACUGUGCUGACACCCUCAGCCACUGUUUUUGUUGAUCCUGGUAAUUCAUCACUUUUCCAUGUUGUGGUUGUUCCUGUGACGACAAAUUCAGAGGAUUUGGCUUCAUUUUGGGAAAAAUCGAUCACAUUUGCAAUUUACGGAGAUGCCAAAACUUCAGUAUUUGAGUAUGGUGCAGCCAUGCACGAACUACAUUUGAUUUAUUCAAGUCAGGUAAAGCAGCAGUGUGAGGGUGUUGUUCUGAACAAAGACCUUAUGAGGACAUUGAAAGAUGCCAGAUAUGAAGUUGUUAUUUCAGACGCUAUAUGGCCUUGUGCUGAGCUCGUGGCAGAAAUGCUUGGAAUACCCUUUAUCUAUAGUCUACGCUUCAGUGCGGGCAAUGCCCUUGAAAGACACUGUGGUGGACUCAUCUCCCCUCCUUCCUACGUGCCUCUACCCCUGACAGCAUUGACUGACCAGAUGACAUUUAUGCAGCGGGUGAAAAAUAUGCUUUAUUUCAUUUCCUUUGACUUUUGGUUUCAGAAUUUUUAUAUGAAGGAAUGGGAUCAGUUUUACAGUGAUAUGUUAGGGAGACCCACUACAUUAUGUGAAACUAUGGGAAAAGCUGAGAUGUGGCUGAUUCGAACAUACUGGGAUUUUGAAUUUCCUCGUCCAUACUUGCCAAAUUUUGAGUUUGUUGGAGGACUCCACUGUAAGCCUGCCAAGCCUCUUCCUGAGGAAAUGGAAAAAUUUGUCCAGAGCUCUGGGGAACAUGGUAUUGUGGUAUUUUCUCUUGGGUCAAUGGUCAAAAACCUAACUGAGGAAAAGAGUAACCUGAUUGCUUCAGCUCUUGCCCAGAUUCCACAGAAGGUUGUAUGGAGAUACAAAGGAAAGACACCGGCCACCUUAGGUCCAAAUACCAGAACCUAUGACUGGAUUCCCCAGAAUGAUCUUCUUGGUCACCCCAAAACCAAGGCUUUUAUCACUCAUGGUGGAACCAAUGGAAUCUAUGAAGCUAUCUAUCACGGAGUUCCCAUGAUAGGUGUGCCCAUGUUUGCUGAUCAGCCUGAUAACAUCGCUCACCUGAAAGCUAAGGGGGCAGCUGUUGAAGUGAACUUUCAUGACAUGACAACUGCAGACAUGCUUAAUGCUUUGAAGACAGUCAUCAACAACCCUUCAUACAAAGAGAAUGCUAUGAGAUUAUCAAGAAUUCACCAUGACCAACCUGUGAAACCCCUAGACCGAGCUGUCUUCUGGAUAGAGUUUGUGAUGCGUCACAAAGGUGCUAAGCACCUUAGACCUGCUGCCCAUGACCUUACCUGGUACCAGUACCAUUCCUUGGAUGUGAUUGGCUUCCUACUUGCCUGUGUGACAACUGUUGUCUUCAUAGUCAUCAAAAGCUGCUUGUUUUGCUUCCGGAAGUUGGGUAAAAAAGGAAAGAAACAAAAGAGAGCAUAAUUUCUUCUGAUACCCAAGGAUGGAGGACAGAAGAGGUGAAGAAGAAGCCUGAAAGAUCUCCACAUUAGUAUAAUUUAGUCUAGUUGCUAUGAGAUUUGAAACAAACUCUUCCUUUUCCCAAUUCAACAAUAUUUAUAUAAUUAUUAUUAUGUGCAAAAACACUGUAGAUAAGUCCUGAAAGAGAUGAAAAGAUAAAUAAGAUAGUCCUUGUCCUUGAUGAGUUUAAAACCAAUUUAGAAAGGUAAGACAUGUACACAAAUAAUCAGAGUAGUGAUCAUAAUACAAUAAGAG